CUUUGGUAUUACUCAGCCAUAAACACUGUUGCCAUUGAGAUUCAGGCCUUGUUGACGUUCAGUUUGAUAAUUUCUUCGCUCUCACGAUCACAGUCACGAUGCCGACUAUUAAACUGCAGAGCUCUGAUGGAGAGAUGUUUGAGGUGGAUGUUGAAAUCGCCAAGCAGUCUGUAACUAUAAAAACCAUGCUUGAAGAUUUGGGGAUGGAUGAUGAAGGCGAUGAUGAUCCAGUCCCUCUGCCCAAUGUUAAUGCAGCUAUCCUGAAGAAGGUAAUUCAGUGGUGCACCCACCAUAAAGAUGACCCUCCUCCCCCAGAAGACGAUGAGAAUAAAGAGAAAAGAACAGAUGACAUCCCUGUGUGGGACCAGGAGUUCCUUAAAGUAGACCAGGGCACCCUCUUCGAACUCAUCCUGGCGGCAAAUUAUUUGGACAUCAAAGGUUUGCUAGAUGUUACUUGCAAGACAGUUGCGAACAUGAUCAAAGGCAAAACCCCAGAAGAGAUCAGAAAGACUUUCAAUAUCAAGAAUGAUUUUACAGAGGAAGAGGAAGCCCAGGUACGCAAGGAGAACCAGUGGUGUGAAGAAAAGUGAAGAAUAUCCUGAUACACUUUAACACUACCGAUUGUUCCAGAAAACAAAAACGAUUGAAAGAAAAUGCACUGCGCUGUUCAUAUUUGUUAAGAUUCGACACAAAUAAACAGUCAAAUCCCUUGUGUUUUGCUAGCAUGACAAUUUUCAUUGCUUUGUGUGGUCCAAAAGCUUUUUUCCCUGUUUUUCCGUCUUUUACUACUUCACUGGAAUGAGCAGUCUUCACCCUUAUUCAUGUAGAAAACAUGCACUCCCUUUCAUGGCUGCUGUACACAAGUCGUUUUUUUUUUUUUUUUUACAGAA